AUGGGGGCCGACACCGAAAAGAAGCAGCAGAUUCCGGCGGAGGACUUCGCCGCUACGGAGUCCUCGCCGGCCGAGGCCGUGAAAGAGGAGGGCGGCGCCUUCAAGGCCUAUUUGAGGAUAUUCACAUAUGGAGGUGCCUUCGAGCGUCUCCUCCAAACCAUCGCUGUGAUUUGCGCCAUCGGUUCUGGCGCCGGAAUAGCGCUCCAGAACUUGAUCUUCGGCAGCUUCGUCACCACCAUUCAGGACUUCACCACUGGAAAGUCCUCCCCGUCCUUCUUCCGCGGUGAGGUUUCCAAACUCGCUCUCUACUUCGUCUACCUGGGGAUUGCGAGGUUCGCCCUCUCUUACGCCUACAUUUCCCUGACGACUUUCUCCGCCUACCGCAUCACCAGAAACAUCCGACACAAGUACCUCCACGCGGCCCUCCGACAAGAGGUCGCCUUCUACGAUUUCGGCACCGGCGGCUCCAUCGCCACCCAGGCCAUCUCAAACGGACGCUUGAUCCAGACCGGAAUCUCAGAGAAGCUCGCCCUGACCUUCCAGGGCCUGGCCGUCUUCGUCACCGCGUUCAUCGUCUCCUUCGUCACACAAUGGAAGCUCACCCUCAUCGUCGUCGGCAUUGCGCCCCUCAUCUUGGUCGUCAUGGGUGUUGCGUCGACGUAUGAGGCCUCUCUGGAGACCAAGAUCCUCGAUACCUACGCCCAGGCCGGUUCGUUUUCAGAGGGCAUUCUGUCCGCCGCUCGCACGGUACACGCUUUUGAGAUUCGCUCAAGGCUGGUUCAGAAGUUCGACAAGUUUCUUCAAGAUGCGCACAACCUCGGAAGGAAGAAGUCACCCCUCUUCGGCAUCUUGUUCUCCACUGAGUACUUCGUCAUCUAUGCCGGAUUCGCCCUGGCUUUCUGGCAGGGUGUUCACAUGUUGAACCGGGGCGAGAUCACCGAGUCUGGCGACAUUUUUACCGUCCUUCUCUCCGUCGUCAUCGGUACAACCAGUCUCACCAUGUUGACCCCGUACAUCAUCGAAUUCACCCGCGCUGCCUCAGCCGCCGCUCAGCUGUUCAAGCUCAUCGACCGGGCCUCCGAUAUCGACCCCUUCGACAAGUCUGGCGAGCAACCAAAAGAAACCGUGGGAGUUGUUGACCUCGAGAACAUCACCUUCGCGUAUCCGACUAGACCCGGAGUCACGGUGCUGGACCAGUUCUCUCUGCAUAUCCCCGCUGGCAAGGUCACCGCCCUCGUUGGUUCAUCUGGUUCUGGAAAGAGUACUAUCAUCGGCCUGAUCGAGCGCUGGUACAACCCCAAGAACGGUACAAUCAAGCUGGAUGGGACACCGAUUGAUCGUCUGAACCUCAACUGGCUCAGGAAGAAUGUCAGGCUUGUUCAGCAGGAGCCCGUCCUGUUCCAAGGCACAGUCUUCGACAAUAUCGUCAACGGCCUGGUCGGAACGGAAUGGGAAAACUCCUCGCGAGAAGAACAAAUGCAACGCGUGCAGGAGGCAGCCAAGAUCGCUUUCGCCCACGACUUCGUCUCGCAGCUGCCGGAGGGAUACGACACCAUGAUUGGUGAGCGCGGUGGUCUCCUUUCGGGUGGACAAAAGCAGCGUGUUGCCAUCGCCCGCAGUAUCAUCUCGCAGCCCAAGGUACUCCUCCUUGACGAGGCCACGAGUGCCCUCGACCCCCACGCCGAAGGUGUCGUACAGCAAGCUCUCGACGAAGCCUCCAAAGGCCGCACCACGAUCACCAUCGCCCACAAGCUGGCAACUAUUCGAAAGGCAGACAAUAUCGUCGUGAUGAACAAGGGCAAAAUCGUCGAGCAGGGCACUCACGAGGGACUACUCAAGCAGGACGGCGCCUACACCCGUCUUGUGAGAGCCCAGAACUUGUCCGUGUCAGAAGAGGGAUCCAUCACCGAGACCGAGGGAGACGACGACGACUCCGCCCCUCCCAAGGAGAACAUCGAAAUGACAAAGACCAUGAGCCGCUACCGAACCGCAGACCAGACUCGCAUGGAGGCGCAAAAGGAGCGCGACAACUACGACCACCACGACCACAAGGGCCUCAUCAGUGUCGUCAUUCGAAUGGUUCGCGAGACUCCCGAGCUGAAGUGGGCCUAUCUCUUCACCGUUAUUGCCGUCGUCGUCGCAGCUGGUGCAUUCCCUGGCCAGUCGCUCAUCAUCGCAAACCUCGUCGACGUCUUCACUCUUACCGGUUCAGAGAUGAUCAAGAAGGGCAACUUUUACUCGCUUAUGUUCUUCGUGCUUGCCCUCGGCGUGUUCGUCUGCUACUUCGCAAUGGGCUGGUCCACAAACAUCAUCGCCCAGGGCCUCAACCACAAGCUCCGCAAGCAAGCACUCAACGACUUCCUGAGGCAAGACCUCCAAUUCUUCGAUCGUGCCGAGAACAACACGGGUGCUCUUGCCAGCAGACUCGAGUCCAACCCGCAGUCCAUCCUGGAGCUGAUGGGCUUCAACAUCGGCCUCAUCCUGAUCUCGACCCUCAAUGUCGUAGCCUGCAGUAUCCUGGCCAUCGCUACCACCUGGAAGCUUGGCUUGGUCGUCGUGCUCGCUGGAAUGCCGCCUCUCGUGAGCUCGGGCUACAUCAAGGUCCGCCUCGAUGCCAAGCUCGAUAACAGCACUUCGAAGCGCUACUCUGCCAGCGCGGCGAUCGCUUCAGAGUCGGUGACGGCUAUCCGGACGGUUUCCUCUCUGGCUAUUGAGGAGUCGGUUUUGAAGAGGUACACGACCGAACUCGACAACGCAGUCAGGGCCUCGACGGCGCCGUUGUUCAUCAUGACGAUUGCGUUUGGCCUGACCCAGUGCAUUGAGUACUUCUUCAUGGCUCUCGGUUUCUGGUAUGGCUGCCGGCUCCUCUCCUUCAACGAGAUCAGCAUGUACCAGUUCUUCGUCGCCUUCAUGGGCACCUUCUUCUCCGGCCAAGCCGCCGCCCAGCUCUUCCAGUACUCCAGCAGCAUGACCAAGGGCAUCAACGCCGCCAACUACCUCUUCUGGCUCCACGACCUGCAGCCCCUGAUCCAGGAGACGCCCGAGAACCGCGACAGGGCCCCCAAGGCCGGCCGGUCCCUCGACUUCGAGCACCUCCGCUUCUCCUACCCCAUGCGGCCCGACGCCCACGUCCUCCGCGGCGUCGACCUCGAGAUCAAGAAGGGCCAGUUCGUCGCCCUCGUCGGCGCCUCCGGCUGCGGCAAGUCCACCAUGAUCGCCAUGCUCGAGCGCUUCUACGACCCCACCACCGGCACCAUCCGCAUCGACGGCGACGCCGCCCUCGCCGACCUCAACCCCCGCCUCUACCGCCAGCUCGUCGCCCUCGUCCAGCAGGAGCCCACCCUCUUCCAGGGUAGCAUCCGCGAGAACAUCGCCCUCGGCAUCGACUCCGACUCCCUCGAUGCCGUCCCCGACGCCCGCAUCGAGGAGGCCUGCCGCGCGGCCAACGCCUGGGAUUUCGUCUCGUCGCUGCCCGAGGGGCUGGCCACGCCCUGCGGCAGCAGCGGCAUGCAGUUGUCUGGCGGCCAGCGGCAGCGCAUCGCGAUCGCGCGGGCGCUCAUCCGCAACCCGCGGAUUCUGCUGCUCGACGAGGCGACGAGCGCGCUCGACACCGAGUCGGAGAAGGUGGUGCAGCGGGCGCUCAACGAGGCGGCGAGGGACGGGGAGAGGAUCACAAUUGCGGUCGCGCACCGGCUGUCGACCGUCAAGGACGCGGAUACCAUCUGCGUCUUCUACGGUGGCAGGAUCGUCGAGAAGGGCACGCACGCGCAGUUGGUCGCCAAGGGCGGCAUGUACAAGCAGAUGUGCGAGGCGCAGAACCUCGAGUAA